CCUCUUCAUUUCCACUCUCUGGUUGCUGGAGACUGGGGCCCUCGCUUGGUGGCCAGAAACCUAGAGGAAAAGGAGGAGCCGUUUGUAAGUGUUCCUUUAGAAAGAGGAAGCGACAGGGAGCGUGCUCAGCUCCGCACUGGAGCUGCGGGGAACAUGGCGGCGGCAGCGGAGCCGGCUUCCCUUGCACACUUGCACAACAGCGGCAACAGUGGUGGCAGCGGCGGGGCCCCCGGAUCGCAAUCUACUGGGGGUGCAGUGCCAGUGCUCUUCUGCUUUUCUGUGUUUGCCCGGCCUUCCACGGUGCCGCAUGGCGCGGGCCACGAAGUGCUUAUCCAGAAAUUCCUGAGCCUUUACGGCGACCAGAUAGACAUGCACCGCAAAUUUGUGGUGCAGCUCUUUGCCGAGGAGUGGGGUCAGUAUGUCGACCUGCCCAAGGGCUUCCUGGUGAGCGAACGCUGCAAAGUUCGCCUGGUUCCCUUGCAGAUCCAGCUUACCACAUUGGGAAAUCUUAUGCCUUCAAGUACUGUAUUUUUUUGCUGUGAUAUGCAAGAAAGAUUCAGACCAGCUAUCAAGUAUUUUGGUGAUAUCAUUAGUGUAGGACAAAGAUUGUUGCAAGGGGCUCGGAUUUUAGGAAUUCCAGUUAUUGUAACAGAACAGUACCCCAAAGGUCUUGGCAGUACUGUACAAGAAAUUGAUUUAACAGGUGUUAAACUUGUACUUCCGAAGACUAAAUUUUCAAUGGUAUUACCGGAAGUAGAAGCAGCAUUAGCAGAAAUUCCUGGAGUUCGUAGUGUUGUCUUGUUUGGAGUAGAAACUCAUGUGUGCAUUCAGCAGACGGCUCUGGAAUUGGUUGGCCGAGGUGUUGAAGUUCACAUUGUAGCUGAUGCCACUUCGUCAAGAAGCAUGAUGGACAGGAUGUUUGCUCUUGAGCGUCUCGCUCGUACUGGAAUAAUAGUUACUACAAGUGAGGCGGUGCUGUUACAGCUGGUCGCUGACAAAGAUCAUCCAAAAUUCAAGGAAAUACAGAACCUAAUUAAAGCAAGUGCCCCAGAAUCUGGUCUACUUUCCAAAGUGUAGAAUUUUAAAGGAUUAGUUAUUAAUCCGCUCUAAAUAAGAACAAAUUCAUGAACAUACAUGUGCUGUCUUCUUAUGUAUACUGCAGGCAAAAUGUUAAAACUGACUAUUUUUUGGCUUGUCUUUACAAAAAGAUUUAUUUAAUCUAUUUGGGUAUCUGAAUUUUGUCAUAAAAGUCAAAGGUUUUUGGUGUUCAUUAUUUCCUUCUCUUAUUUUAUCAUUGUUCUUUCAUUUUUAAAACACUAUACUUGACCUCAUUUGUAACUGGUCUUAAAAAGUUCAUACUAAUGUGAGAUUUCUCGGUUGAGCACUUUGUUAAUAAUAAAAAUUAUCUGUGAAUGGUUUCACUUAUGGCUUUAAUAUAAGAUUUAUAUAUAAAUGUCAUAUGGAUUUCAUGCUUUCUCAUA